GGGACGCGUCCCCGGUCGCCUGCCUAGCCGGCGGCUAUCGCUUUGCAUCUUCGAGCUCGCGUCCCGCUUUUGUUUUCUUCCUUGGCGAAAGGAAGCGCCAUCUCCCCAUCCGUGUGACCGUGUCACGCUCGCGGCGGCCGGCGGCGCGAGAGAGAGAGAGAGAGGGGGAAGAGGGUGCAAAGCAAGCAGCCAGCAGUCGGAGGAUGGCCGCCGCCCACUUCACGCUGAACACCGGCGCCCGCGUCCCCUCCGUGGGCCUCGGCACCUACCAGGCCGCUCCGGGGGUCGUCACCGACGUGAUCGGCGCCGCCGUCAAGGCAGGGUAUCGGCACAUCGACUGCGCGCCGAUGUACAAGAACGAGAAGGAGAUUGGUGUUGCUCUGAAGAAGGUCUUGGACGAUGGCGUGGUCAGGCGAGAAGACCUUUUCAUCACGUCCAAGAUAUGGUGCAGUGAUCUCGCGCCAGAAGACGUUCCAUCUGCGAUCGACAAUACGCUGGAAGAUCUGCAGCUGGAUUAUGUGGAUCUGUACCUAAUCCACUGGCCAUUCCAGGUUAAGAAAGGCACCGAGAUCUGCCCCGAGAACUUUGUCCAGCCUGACAUACCCAAGACCUGGCAGGCAAUGGAGCAGCUCUACGAUUCAGGCAAAGCUCGCGCGAUCGGCGUCAGCAAUUUCUCCUCCAAGAAGCUGGGCGAUCUGCUUAGCGUCGCCCGUGUUCCUCCGGCCGUCGAUCAGGUCGAGUGCCACCUCGGCUGGCAGCAGGCGAAACUAAGAGCGUUUUGCCGCUCCAAUGGAGUUCAUCUAUCAGUAAGUUUGCAUGUGUUUCCGAGAUUAAUUACCUGGCUUGUUACACUGGGAGUGUUGUGGUCACAUGCUUUCGAUCGACAGGCUUAUGCACCCUUAGGUAGGAUGAAAGACGUCGCCAGUAACCCGGUGGUGUCGUCGAUAGCCGAAAGCCUGGGAAAAACUCCGGCGCAGAUUGCUCUGCGCUGGGGUCUUCAGCAGGGUCAGAGUGUGCUUCCCAAGAGUGCCAACGAAUCGAGGUUGAAGGAGAACAUUGAUCUGUUUGACUGGUCUAUUCCUGAAGAACUGUGCUCCAAGCUUUCUGAAAUCAAACAGGCUAAGCAAAUCAAAGGAGAUUCAUUUGUACACCCGCAGAGCGUUUACAAAACCUACGAAGAGCUCUUCGAUGGAGAAAUCUGAAAGAAGACAGCACUGAUGUCAAACUGAAGGAGAAAUCUAACAAAUGAUGAGCAAUUAUCGAAGGCUAAUAAAAAGUGGAUAGUUGGAUAAACAGUACUUGUAAGAAGAGGCUGCCAUAUCUCCCUCCAUCAGUUAGUUAGCUGCAACCGACAGCGUAGCAAAUACACUGCAAUAUGAUAUGAGACAGUUCAUAACUUCAUAUCAAGGUUUUCUUAAGUACGCAAAUAAAAACCUGCAAAUGAAAACAAUCAAGUUAAUUAAGCGAAGCGUGCCUCCACAUCACAAGUACAAAAAGAUACAGCUUACUGUAAUUCCUCCAUACUGCUCUGCAUUCCUCUCUGAAUGUGUUCAGACUUCA